GUGACCUACCUAGUGUGAGUAUACGGUAUUAAACUAUAAAUCUCCAUCUCAUUUUCACCUUCAACUAUCUUCUCUCAGCCCUCGGCAUCGUCAGCUUUCCCAAACGUGAUUGUCGAGCACCAGCCACUCCCAAUUUCACGAUGUCAGAAGAAGCACCCUUCCGACCACGUGAGAAGCUCCUCGAGAAACAAAAAUUUUUCCAAAGCGUCCACAAAUACACAUAUCUGAAGGGACCCUAUGAUAAGAUCACCUCUGUCGCCAUUCCAGCUGCUUUAGCUGCAUCUUCUUUGUUCCUUAUUGCACGAGGAGUCUACAACAUGUCUCAUGGUAUUGGAAAGAAGGAAUGAGGCAGCUCUUAAAAAUGACCAUUGGCUGGCAACCAAAAUGCAUAAAUUUAUGUGCUAGUCUCAAGUGGUGCUCUUGAUUUUUUUGUGUUUGUUUGCUCUAAUAAUUGCUUAGUAGCAGAUUCUGUACUUCCUUUGAAAUCUGAAACUUUUCGUUUGAAAUUUUUGUUAAUGGAAUUUUCUGCUUGGUUAUAAAUACUGCACCCUUUUCAUUGAACGCUUCAGCCGCUCA